UUCCAGCUGAAUUACGUACUUCAAGUAUAGCUCUAGAUAUAAACGACUGGAAAACCAACUUGGUGUUUCCUGUAUAUCAAUCAACCGGCCCGAGAUCAUAUGCCAAUGCCACUGGAGCGAUUCCAAACUACUACAACGAAGGUUUUCUUUCACUCCAGCACAUCGUCUCUCAUUCUCUACUCUUCUGAUAAAAAAAGGAAUUACUAUUCCCGAUUUAACGACUCCCGCUGGCAUAGCAAGCUUGAUUUUACAAUUACAGUUGAACAACAUCAAAAUUACCAGCUUUUUUAUAUGAGGAGAUUUCCUUAUGCCCAUUGGCAAAACGAUCCGCUGUUGACACCGCUGAAAAGUUUCGUCGGUAUCAUUAUCAUGUUGAGUUUUGUUUACACCUGCAUCAACACAGUGAAGGCCGUCACAGCCGAAAAAGAAAAGCAACUAAAGGAGGCAAUGAAAAUUAUGGGCCUACCCAACUGGCUACAUUGGACUGCCUGGUUCCUGAAAAGUUUAAGCUACCUCCUAGUCUCGAUCAUUUUAAUGGUGGUCCUGCUGAAAGUCAGAUGGUAUACCAAUACGGAGUUUACGGUUUUCACCUACGCUAAUCCGUUUGUCAUAUUGCUGUUCCUAUUUUGUUACAUAUGCGCCACUAUUACUUUCUGCUUUGCCAUAAGCGUAUUCUUUUCUAAAGGUUUCAAAUUGCCGCAACUAUUGCCGUGGAAUUACGAGUACCUACCAUUAGGUACAAAACUAGCUACCUCGUUGGGUUCUAACACGGCUAUGGCCUUUGGAUUCCAACUGAUGCUGAUGUUUGAAGGCACAGGAGACGGUGUACAGUGGGACAAUAUAUGGAGCCCUAAUACUCCUGACGAUACUCUUACUUUAGGACAUCUAAUGGUGAUGCUGGUAAUAGACUCAAUAAUUUACCUUCUAGUAGCUUUGUAUGUAGAAGCUAUCUUUCCUGGAGAUUAUGGCAUACCCCAGCCUUGGUAUUUUCCAUUCACAUCGUCUUACUGGUGUGGGAAGAAUCAUGUUGGUAGCCGUCGAGAUCUCGGCAGUUCGGAGCAAGACAGCGAAUUUUUCGAAGGCGAACCGAAAAACCUACGCGUCGGUAUCCAAAUUAACAAUCUGAGGAAGGUGUUCGGAAAAAAGGCCGCCGUUCGAAACCUGUCGCUCAACAUGUACCAAGACCAAAUCACCGUUCUCUUGGGCCACAACGGCGCAGGAAAAACGACCACAAUGUCCAUGUUAACGGGGAUGUUCCCGCCGAGCGGUGGUACCGCUGUGAUCAACGGGUACGACGUAAGAACCGAUAUAGAUGGAGUGAGGAAUAGUUUGGGGCUGUGUCCUCAGCACAAUAUCAUUUUUGACGAGCUCACAGUGGCGGAGCACCUGUAUUUUUUCAGCAGGUUGAAGGGUAUGUCGGGCAGUGAAAUUGAUGAGGAAAUCAAUAAGUACGUGGAGUUGCUCGAGUUACAACCAAAGAGAGACAAGAAAUCAAGUACGUUAUCUGGAGGCAUGAAGCGAAAACUUUGUGUCGGUGUUGCACUAUGCGGUAACUCCAAAGUAGUGAUGCUGGACGAACCCACAGCUGGAAUGGAUCCUUCAGCGAGAAGAGCUUUGUGGGACUUAUUACUCAAACAAAAAUCAGGCAGGACCUUAUUACUAACCACGCAUUUUAUGGAUGAGGCUGACCUACUAGGUGACCGUAUAGCUAUCAUGGCCGGUGGGGAACUGCAGUGUUGUGGUACCAGUUUCUUCUAAAAGAAAUACGGAGCUGGAUACCAUCUUAUAAAUGGACAAGUCGAUUCCUGCGACCCCAAUAAUGUAACUCAACUUUUAAGAAGACACAUUCCUGGAAUUUCCAUUCACACUAACAUCGGGUCGGAACUUACAUAUCUUCUAGUAGAAAGCCAGUCUUACAUUUUCGAGAAAAUGCUGAAAGACUUAGAAGAUCACAGUAGGCAGCUCGGUAUCAAUAGUUAUGGGAUUUCAUUAACAACCUUAGAAGAAGUUUUCCUUGAGCGAGAGAAACAGAAUUUUAUUAUAUUAUUGGCAUUUGUUGAUAUUGAUCUAGCUCCGAAACCAAUCACAUCCUUCGACUUCUUCCUCAAUCAAUUCAUGGCGAUGACAAUGAAGAAAAUCUUGUCGACCUACAGAUCCUGGAUUCUCCUGGCCAUCCAGAUUUUUAUGCCGGUCAUUUUUCUGAUAAUCGCCAUAGUUGUCGUGCGUCAGCAAUCAAACUUUGGCGACCUCCCUGCGAUGCCCCUUACCUUGGAUAGAUUCGACAAUCCUACUGUUCUAAUGGAGUAUAGCGGAAACGAUGAAUACGUCCAGCAAUAUGAGAAUGCCGUAGGGUCUGUGUACGAGAAAGUGGACAACAUUACCUCGACCAUGCUCGAUUUAGUAAGUUUUAUGGCCAUAAAAGCUGUACAGAACCACGGAUAUGCCAGGAGAUGGCAGCUUCACAAGGAUGAAUGGUCGUCAAACAGUGGCUUUUUAAAGGGUUUUAAUUUAGAAGAACAGAAAAUACCAAUUCAGCAGGCUACCGGGGUAUUUCAAGACGGCAAAGACACCGUUCAUUUCGGAAAAUUCACCCACGAUUUAAUGGGAGCAGGCUUCGAAGCAAUUGACAGCAGCAAUAGUCUGAGUCAAAUAUUUGACGUUAAUUUCACUGCCUAUUUUAACAACGACCCAUACCACACUCCCGGAGUUACGCUAGGACUAGCACUAGACACCAUGUUUAAGAAAGCACUGAACAGCAAUAGUGGUAUUCGGUUUUUCAACCACCCUAUGCCUUACAAUGCACAGUCAAGAAUGGAGUCAAAUAACAUUAGAAACAAUAUGGGACAAUUAGCUUUUCAACAUGGCUUUAGUAUGGCCUCUUCGUUCUAUAUAUUAUUUAUCGUUCGAGAACGAGUCUGCAAUUCGAAACAUCUACAGUUUGUCUCUGGAGUAAAGGGAUACGUUUUUUGGCUGAGCACUCUUUUAUGGGAUUUCGUCACAUUCCUGAUCACUGCCCUGGCUUUGGUCAUCACGUUGCUGUGUUUCCAAGAGGACGGAUUUAAAACUGCCAGUGAUAUAGGUAGGAUAUUUGUUACUUUGGUGUAUUUUGGCUGGAGCAUGCUGCCUAUGAUGUAUAUUGCCGGAUACUUUUUCGAUAUACCAUCGACAGGAUAUACAAGGAUGACUUUAUUCAGCAUUUUUACAGGUGUGGCUGCUUAUCUAAUAGUCCAGGUACUGUCAACUCCCGACCUAGGAUUGGAACAUAUCGGCAAUACACUGAACUGGAUAUUCCUGGCCGUUCCACACUAUUCUCUGGCAACGGGGAUUCGUGAUAUUUACACUUUGUACUUUUACAACAAAAUCUGCAAAGAACUCUACGCAAACUGCCAAUUAGUUACACCAGACAUUUCCUAUGAUGAGUGCAUAGAUAGUGUCGAAGCACAAUCUUACUGUGCAGAUUUAGAUGAACACUAUUUCAAAUGGAAAUCUCCGGGUAUAGGAAGAAACCUUGUAUAUUCCUUCACCGUAGGUUUCGUACUACUCACCAUCAUUCUAAUAAUCGAAUACAAGGUAUUCUCACAAAUCGCCUACUUCGUGAGACAAAAGUACUUUCCCAAAGACCCACACCCCGUACCCGACGAAGAUAGCGACGUCCAUAACGAAAAAGUCAAAAUCCAAAACAGUUCCCAAGUGGAACUGUUCCACAAUUACACCAUGGUGGUACAAGACUUGACAAAGUAUUACGGAAACUUCUUGGCCGUGAACGGGCUAUGCUUGGGUAUAAAAAAAUACGAAUGCUUCGGAUUGUUGGGGGUGAACGGUGCCGGGAAAACCACCACCUUUAAGAUGCUCACUGGAGAUAUCAGGAUAUCGAAAGGUGAUGCUUGGGUCAACGGAAAGAGCAUCAAACGACACGUGGAAGACGUUCAAAAGCUCAUAGGUUACUGUCCUCAGUUCGACGCUCUGUUGGAUGAUAUGACGGCAAGAGAAACGUUAAUAAUGUUCUCCUUACUCAGGGGUAUUCGCUACGAAAACUGUAAUCUUAUAGCGGAGAAGUUAGCUACGGACUUCGACUAUUUUCGGCAUUUAGACAAGAGAGUUAAGGAGCUGAGUGGAGGAAAUAAAAGGAAGCUGAGUACUUCGAUAGCUUUGAUAGGAGAUCCGCCAGUAAUUUAUUUAGACGAACCGACAACAGGUAUGGAUCCUGCCACGAAAAGAUACUUGUGGAACGCCCUCUGUAAAGUCAGAGACAGCGGAAAGACCAUUGUCCUAACUUCGCACAGCAUGGAAGAAUGCGAAGCUCUCUGCACCAGACUAGCCAUCAUGGUUAACGGAAACUUCAAAUGCCUGGGAUCCACGCAACACCUCAAGGACAAAUUCGCCGAAGGCUACACCAUAACGAUAAAAGUGAAAAAGCCCGACGAAAGUUCCGGUUCAACGCAUGCCGAUACCAGCGCCAUAGAGCGGUACAUUGGUGAGAAUUUCCCCAACGCCACCUUGCGAGAGAAGCACGAGGAACUGUUAACGUACUACAUCAUGGAUAAGAGUGUACCUUGGUCGCGGAUGUUCGGUAUAUUGGAGGAUGGUAAAAGGAGAGAUCUGCCCAUCGAGGAUUAUUCUUUGGGACAGAGCAGUUUAGAACAAGUAUUCCUCACAUUUACCAAACAUCAACAAGAGCAGUAACGUGUGAUAAUGUGAUAUAGGUUAUUAAGUAUUUAAUUUCUAACAAAAUUCAAACCAGUGCAGUGCCUCUCUCUGUUGAAAUUUGUCCGUUGACGAUAGCGUAUUUUUAAGUUAAGUUAAAAACAAAUAAUUUAUUUA